AUGAAGACCGCACGGCCGUACCGGUCCCAUCGAUAUCCUGCUUGUGAGCGCUGUCACAAGCGUCGGUCUCGAUGUGUGGUUGAAGUGCCCGGACAAGGGUGCAUAAGGUGUUACACGCAACGCAUUCCCUGCUCUCUAGCAAGCUCCAACGGCGCCAACACCCGCAAUGCCGCUCCUAGAAUCGGCUUCGUACAUCGAUCACGUCUCGCAGAUGACCAGGCUUUGGAAAGCCAUGCUUUCCUUCUUGGGCCUGUUGUUGCCAGGGACAAACAGAUUCUCGACCAGUACCUGCCGCGGGGCCAUGAGCCAUCACCCUCGGAUCAGAGCCGACAAGACCCAGAAGAGAAUCCGAUCUACCACAUGCCCAUCCCUCCGCGGAUGCCGAGUCCGACGGGAUGUCAGUGCGAGAGGGAUGCCCCACGGGAGCUGUUGGCCCAGGUAGAGCCAUACCUGGAGGAGCUGAUGUCAAUCUACUUCGAUCAUAUUUCACCAUGUUACCCUAUCAUUGACGAAGAGUAUAUUAUGACCCGAGUACGGAACGGGAGACACCAACUACCGCAACUGUUAUUGGUCGUUCUUAUCUCACACGCCCUUUUCCACUGGGACUUGUCGCCUGGUCUUGAAUCCUACAAACGCCCCGACCAGGAUCUGGCAUGGCAAAGUGCCGUGGCUUUGAACGCGGCAAGCAUCCAAAAAGGCGACGUGGCCACAAUAGCUACAGUGUGUAUAGGCGUGUCCGGACGCCCGUGUCAGCGUUUGGUGAACAACGCCACUAAUGUGGCGCGGUGCGUAGCGCUCGCACACAUUGUUGGCUUGAACCACGACUGCCAGAAAUGGAAAAUCCGUGACCUCGACAAGCGCACCCGCUGCAAAGUCUGGUGGGGACUCCUGGUGCAAGAUCGCUGGUUCAAUUUUGCCCAAGGCACACCUCCCUACAUCUCGCAAGACCAAUAUGACGUGCCGGUCCCGACCGUUGACCUGCUGGUGCCUCGAAGCCGAUCUGAAUCUCCCAAGCACGUCCGCGCCGCCGAAAUCUACAUUCAACUAUGCCAUCUCACCGAAAUUCUCGGCGAGGUUCUACCUAUGAUCUACCGACUGCGAGGUGGUAUGUCCACGGCUACGGAUAGAACCGCUCGACUUGAAGUCCAGCUAGACUCUUGGGUUGAGGACUUACCGACAUGGUUGAAGAUUGGGGACUUCUCUCAAUCACGCUCGCACAUUCCGGGUUUGGUCAAUUUGCAACUUUCCUACCUGGCCGUGCGGAUGCUAUUGUGCCGUAUCGCGUGGCACGAGCACAGCCUGAGACUGAAAACGAGUCCGGACGACGGUGUCACCGAAUACUCCAGGUUGUUGUCCUGUCAAGCUGCUGCCGAAGACGUCGUCCGCCUGGUAAUGUCACUGACCAGGAGCGACCUUUCGGGCUUCUGGCUCCCUUACAAUGCCCACCAUUUCACCUCGGCUGUCACCUUACUCCUACGCUGCGCUCUGCAUCAGACAGUCGACCAAGCCACGAGGGACCGGUGCAUGGCCAGUGCUCGUACCUUGAUCGAUCGCCUCAGAAGGCACAGUAAGGAGGAUAAGUGGGAUCUCGCAGAGACGUGCCUUUCACAGAGCGAGUCCAUUCUGAAAAGGAUAGAUGACCUCCCCACAACGACUAUCUUUUCAAAGACUACCUCUACUGCGACGACGACUGUGAAUUAUCCACCCCGGCCCAAUAACUUGGGCCAUGAAAUGAACGAUCCAAUUUAUUCGACUCUGCCGAUUCAUGGAGUUGACGACACAUUUGCUUCGCAGCCUCCAUCAUUCACUCUACCCGGACAAGCGGAUGGAUUUAGCCUCGAAGAACUAUUUCCCGAGAUCUUUGGCGAUUGGUGUACCGAUAAUUUCCUCCUCGACCAAGAUACUUUCAGUUUUGAUCCCUGA